UAACUAUUUUUAUUCAACGAUUGAAAAUGAAGCGCAACUUGGCUUUGCUCCUGUCCGUGCUGGUGCUGUUGAUGGCAGGCGGCUGCACGAACGCUCAAGCACCUCCACCACCUAGUGGCGGCGCUGGGGCUGGUGCAGGAGCUGGGAUGAGCAUCGGUGCUGGCCUAGGUGGCGGCGCAGGUGGCGGAGGUGAGAGCGGAGCUGCCGGUGGUGCAUCGUUCGGCGCAGGAUUCAGCGUUGGCGCCGGCGGUGGUGGUGGCGGACAAGGCGGCGCUGGUGCGGGCCGACGCUAAGCGCAACCACAACACCUGCGCACACUAAUGUGUUGAUUUGUUUUUUUUUUUUUGAUUACUGCAAAUGUAAACGAGGGUAUCAUAAAUAAAAGCGCCUAGCUGAAGGCAAACGA